UGAAGCGUGACGUGAAACCAUUUCAGAUAGAGAACACCGAUUGGGGCAACGAUAAAGUGGCUCCGUCAGAGAUAGGUUGGACAGUCCUUCUUGGCGGACACUACUUUGGGUGGAAAGACUUUCGUGCAGUCAGGCCUCCUCUCGAGCUCAAAUAAAUCAGCGAACGGCUCUGCACGUCUGGAGACUUCCAGCUGCGCGCGUACGAGGACAACAUGGCGACGACGGCGGAGGACUUCUACAUCCGCCGGGACCCUCGAACCCUGGGGUGGCCCCUGGUCGGUAGCAAGCACUUCAUCAUGACCCUUCUCCUGGGUUACGUCUACCUGGUCAAAGUCGCCGGUCCAAGGUUCAUGAAAGGCCGUCAACCUGUCGGGUGGCUCAAGCCCAUUAUUCUGGCCUACAACGCCGCCAUGGUGUUCCUAAACGCGUACUUCAUCGCCAAGUUCUAUCAGAAGACGUACUUGGAGGGAGGUUAUUCUUACGUCUGCCAAGGAAUAACGUUCGACGUCAAUGACCAGACGGCGAUCGAGUUUUUGCAGCUGUGUUGGUGGUACCUGUGGGUUCGCGUUGCUGAUUUCUUGGACACCAUCUUCUUUGUCCUGAGGAAGAAGGACUCACACGUCUCCUUCCUGCACGUGGCUCAUCACUGCCUGGUUGUGUUCAACGGAUGGUUCGGUAUGGCCUACGGCGCGGAUGGCCAGGUUGCCUUGGGCCUGUGCCUCAACGGAUUUGUCCACGUGGUUAUGUACUCGUACUAUUUCCUUUCCCUGCUUGGACCGUCCGUGCAGAAGUACCUGUGGUGGAAAAAGUACCUAACGCAGUUUCAGCUCGUCCAGUUCGUGAUCAUGUUCAUCCACAGCAUGAUUCCGCUGUUCGUGAACUGCGGUUAUCCCAGAACUCACACUUUCAUCGUCAUCCCCCAGGCCGUCUUCUUCUUCGGAAUGUUCGUGCACUUUUACCUGAACGCCUACAACAAGAGGAGCACCGCCGCCGUCAGACAGAAAGCCCAAUGAACUGGUUGCAGCCAUUUUUCAUGUGACUUGUCACGCUGGCGUAUCGGCAAUGUGUGGCUGUUUUGCUGCCACAGUACUGUUCUUAAGCUUACUCCAGGUGUUUGAUUUCUUAGUUAGGUUCUUUCGUCAAUGCGCACGCGCUUUCACUGCAGUCACAAUCAAAGUUCAUCGUGUUCUACGCAAGAAAACUUUCAACGGAAACUUCACACAAUGUUUGUGAUAUUAUAAAGUCAGACAUUACAUGGACAUAUAACUCUUUCUUCCUUCUUCGGCCCAAUGUAAAGUUGAGCCAUAAUCUCCGUAUUUUUCUUUUCUACCUGCCUAUGUCUUCCUAUUUCGGCAUUUCUAGAAUACUCAGAACACCGCUUAAGGUACAGACACACAGCAAAGGUAUUAAAUUCCAUGAGCAUCCGGGAACUUGUGAACGGUACUGUGUACAGCUACUUAGAACAUUGUAUAGAACGUAUGUGUCUCAACAUUAUCAUAGGAUCAUCACAUUAUCAUCUGUUGACAGAGCCCACAUCCCCGUGUAUUUCUUUUCCAAUUGAAUUUAAUUCGAUCAUAUGAUCACCCAAAUAUAAAAUAUCUCAUUCACUCUAAUGUUUUAAGAAGGUUACGAAUGUACCAAAGGUUCAUUUCAGUCAGGACAUUUUUAACAUUUUUAUCUUUGUUCAAUGCGUGUGUGUAUGUGUUUGCCCAUUGCUCCUUUACGCAUCACUUAGUGCCUUAUUCAAAUGCAAAGAACAGCUCCCCAGCAGCUGAUAGCAGCUUUAUUGCAGGAAGUAAAAUGUGUAAUCAUCUCAUGUACUUUUCUGGUCACGCCAUAGUUCUUCCGUACUUCACGCGUCGAAGAGUCAGUUCAGUCAUCUCACCGUCAUUUGAUAUUGCGAUCACUCGAAUGGAGACAUGUGCUGGUGUUCAAUGCUAAACGGUGUAGGAAGUUGCAGUAUAAGUGAAACGACUGUCAUAUGUUUCACAGUUAUUGAGAUG